AUGGCAGCUGCACCUUCCUCCGUCGACAUUUUGGCUGACGGUCGGUUCAGUUGCCUCCAAAACUUUGCGCAAGGCUACGGGUUCUGGGUAUUGGAUACCGCAACUCAUUUGCGCAAAUGGUGGCCCAGUGCCGAGCAUUACUUUCAGGCGGGGAAAUUCUCCGAUCCGGAACUGCAGGAACAGGUUCGCCGAGCCCCGGAGCCAGGAAUCGCUAAGCAUUUAGGGCGGACUUUAGGCCCUUUGCGAGCCGACUGGGACGAUGUGAAAGCCAGCCGCCUCCGACGCGCCCUACGCGAGAAGCUUUGGGCUCAUCUGGAGCUACGCAAUGUACUUCUCAGCAUUCCAGAUGGUUCUCGCAUCCUCUACGGGAACACGGUGGAUAGUUUUUUCGGCACAGGGCCCGAUGGUGGUGGCUUGAAUGUGAUGGGCGCAGAACUCGAGAACUCGCGGGAGUUCUUCCAACGAUACAGCCAGCGGCUGGAAGUGCCAGUCCUUAUUGCUGAAGUUGGUGAUGUUUUCGAGUCUCGGUCCACAUGCGUAGACUUGACUGGGGCGCGCCCUGACGAAGUGCCAGAAUUGUUGGCGGAAGUCUUGGGCCUUCCCCAGGAAAGCAUUACCGAUGUGGCUUUUCUCUACGACGACGGCUUCGAGCGCAUGAACCUCUCGGAAGUGGAGUUUGCUGAGAGCUUGCAGGCUUUCUUGGUAAGCAACGCCCGGGACUGUCAGAUUGAAGCACGGUUCUCGGAGAUGGGUGUUGUGACGCUGUGGAAUGCCACGGAUGACAGCUACUUGGGACGUGCCGAGGUCGGGACAUUGAUCCGGACGACACCGGAAUUGAAACGUCGUUUGGAGAGCCUCAUGCCAAUUCUACAGCAUGAAAGCUUUCGUCCCGAUUUCAGCUACAGUUUGGAUGGGGCUGCUUCAAAGUUAGACGAAGCAUCGAUGCCCAAGAUAUGCCAAGCAGCAAGAGAUGGGGUUGACGUUCUGAUCUACGGCCACUACGAGGUCCCCGACCUCCCUUUGGCUCGCGCAGUUCCCGCGGCAGAUCCUCCGACCGUUCGCCUUGGGGUGCACACGGAUCUUGCAGCUGCUGAGCUGCGUGACAAAAUCCAAGGCCUUCUGUGGGGAUGUGCUUUGGGAGAUGCUGUGGGGCUGAGCACCGAAUUUAUGGACAAAGCAGAGGCAGCAAGAUCUUACCCGACACAGCUAAGUCCGGCCUCUCGGGUGGAGGACAAGCAUCGGAAGCGCUGGGCCCAGGGUGAUUGGACAGAUGAUACCGACCAGAUGGUCAUACUUUUAGAUGCAAUCGUGGCUGGCAGCGGCGUCUUGCAGGAGGCUACCUUUGCUAAAGGCUUGAAAGCUUGGCUGCACUCUGGCUUCCCGGAGUUAGGCGACUCCUCCGGCUUGGGGAUCGGGCAGACGGUGAAGUCGGUCUUGGAGCACACGGCUUUCGAUGUCGCCCCCAGCGUAGCAGCUGACGUGGUCUGGCGGGAGACUGGUUGCAGUCUUGCAGCCAACGGCGCUAUAAUGCGGUGUGCAGCUGCCGCCUUGGGGUGUUUCUGGGAUGAGGCGGUCGUUCGUCACAACGCCGUUGUUUCGGCAACAGUCACGCAUGCCGACCCAAGGUGUGUGGCCAGCUGCGUUUGCAUCGCAUUGAUCUUGGCCCGGCUUCUCGCAGGGCACAGCACUGCAACGCUUGCGCAACGCAGACAGCUAGUUUUGUCAGUGGCGCUGCAAGCAAGCGAGCACUUAGAUGGAGGAGAUGUCGACGAGCUCUUGCGCUAUGUGGAUGUUGCCGUUGAUGGACUCAGUGCGCUUGAGCUGGGUUCUGGUGGCAUCGGCUACACUUACAAACCCCUGGGAGCAGCGUCAUGGUCUUUCUUACAUGUGGACGAUUUCAAGAUGGCCAUCCAAGCGGUUUCCAUGGAGGCAGGGGAUGCAGAUUCCAAUGCUGCUGUGGCGGGUGCGCUGCUGGGAGCCCGAUUGGGCUACCAAAACCUGCCUCAAGACUGGUUGAAGGAACUGCCAGCUGCUCAGGUGUCUUGGUUUAGUCAGAAGAUCGCUGCGUGCCUGGUGAUGCUCGGGUUGGAUUGA